AGUGUCAAAUCGUCGAGUUAAACAUUGGCGGGGACAUCUUCACAACCACACUGAGCACCCUGAAGAAGUACCCAGGAACCAUACUGGCGGAGAUGUUUGGCCAGGCGAAACCCCGAACAGAUUCGCUGGGGCGAGUCUUCAUAGACAGGCCUGGGACUUAUUUUAAAUACAUCCUGGAGUAUCUGCGUAGUGGCCAGGUUCCCUUAAAAGAUGUUGAGGAGGUUUACAAAGAAGCCACCUACUACGACAUCAAGCCUCUGAUCAAGCAACUGGAAGAGUCUCCUCAGAUCUUCGGGGAGCUGGUGGCCAGGAAACAGUUCCUCGCACGGGUGCCCAACUAUUCCGAAAACAUCGAGCUGAUGAUCCGAAUCGCCCGGGCAGAAGCCGUAGCCUCUCGCAAAUCCAGCGUCAUAUUCUGCGUGAUGAAGACUUUGGAAGACGUGGCGAGGUGUAGCGAUGCUCUCAACAGCUUAGAUACCUCCAAGGAAUCCGUAGUCCAGUUCGGCCCGUGGAAAGCUGCCCCGGACAAUCGGGAUCUCCUGGACUGCAUCAAGAUGGAUAUGGAUAGCAAAGGUUACAAGACCUCUUUCCAAGGGUUCAUUCCAGACAAAGGCUUUCGCUUCUCCUCCAAGAACGACUUCUUCUACAAGUGUUUGUUCCAAUGGUGGUAGCUCAAAGCUCGCAACUCAUAAGAUCUAGGAGGUCUCUUGUAAAGCAGGACGUAAAGUGAGAUUUGGACAUGAAGUGUGAAACCUACUGGGUCAGGCUGGACAGCCUCUUAGAGCCCCUUUACACUUCUAUAUUAAAGCCACAUAGGCAAAGUUGCAGCUUGCAGUUUGCAAAAGAACAGGAAGCCAGUGCCUAACCACAAGAUGUCCCUAGGUCAAAACCUAUGUCAAAAGUCCAAGGUUC